GCAGCCGCAGUGGCGUGGCAGCGGUGCGCUGAGGUGGACUUCUUUCCUUUAUUCAGUGUGACAGAAGUAGCUACAGCUCAGGGACAAUUCAGAGUCUCCCAGUUAACCUUCCUGCCACCAAGAUGAUCCGGAUAGCCGCCUUCUUCGCUCUGCUGGUGGUCGCCUGCUCGGGAGAGAGCUGCACAAACCCAGUGAUCACUCCGUCGGCCUACACUACUUCUGACGCCGUCAUCUCCUCCGAGUCCGUCUUCAUCGUUGAACUCAGUCUGACCUGUGCAAACGGAGCUCAGAGUGUUACACUGUAUGCUGAUGUGAAUGGCAGACAAUUCCCUGUGACUAGAGGGCAGGAUGUUGGAAAGUACCAGGUUUCCUGGAGCCUUCCUCAUAAACAGGCCAGCUCUGGAACAUAUCAGGUCAAAUUCUUUGAUGAAGAGUCGUACAGCGCCCUGAGGAAGGCCCAAAGAAAUAAUGAAGAUGUAAAUGCCAUUCAGCCUCUUUUCUCAGUCAACAUUGACCAUAGAGGCGCAUGGAAUGGCCCAUGGGUGUCUACUGAGGUGGUGGCUGCCCUUGUUGGCAUCCUGGUCUACUACAUGGCCUUUAGUGCAAAGAACACCAUCCAGGCCUAAACAGAUCCGCGGUCACAUUAACCACUAGGUUAAAGACUGAACUCUGGUGGAGAUCAAACGAUGCUCCAAACCAGCAGGACGUUGCUACUCAAUCAGCUUUGGAACGAGGAGCAAGAGUAGAAGUCCUAGUACCUUUUGUUUUAUUCAGACUAUGUCUGUAUGCAAACAGUCUUUUCCCACAAGUUUGUUUUCUGUAUGGAUGGAAUUUUGUCAUUAUUUUUGAUAAACAUGGACACAGAACUAAUUAAACAAAACAAAUUUCCUAACAGAUUAUUCAGUUCUGUUUUAAAAGCAGUUGCUAAACCUAAAUCAUUGUGGGGCUGUCUAACAGAGACAUCUCAAGCCUUUAGUGCUACUGUGCAGUGGAUGCUUUUUACAGUAAAACAAAUAAAUGGCUUGUUUUUCUUUUA